GAAGCGCACAACGCAUCUUUCGUCGCUGUCGCCGUCGCCGUUGCCGCCGCCUUCGGCGCGACGACGCUGCCGCCCGCGAAAAAGCGCAUUCGUUGCAGUCGUCGUCGCGCGAAACUUUCACGCUGGCCUCGCAUCGUUGUUUGCGAACAUUUGCAGUAACGAAGUGGAUGGGGCUAUUUUGAAGGACACAACUACCGAGACUGUAGUGCGUACAGCGGAUUGGCGGCCAGUUGGCAGCCGGGAAAGUGUCAAAACAAAAGUUUCGAUCGAUAAAACGUAUCUACACCUUUAGUGUAGAAUUAAAAAAGGACGUUGGAACAAAGUUUCUUGGAGUUUUUAGGUUAUCCGCUUCUCGAGUGCAUGCAUUUCAUUUCUCUAUGUUUCAUUUUUCAGCACCUACGUUUGACUUAAUUAAACACUGCUCUGAGUCUGCUCUGAGCGAAGAGGGAUUCUUCUUAUGUAAUGUAUAAAAUUAAUGUUGUUCAAGAGUCUUCAAAUCAGUGGAAUCAAGAUCUUGCGUUAAUUUCCACGUCCAUUUAGACUUUUUUCGAAGGACGCUUUCAUUGUAUUUGAUUACAUGAUCAUUUUUUGGUCUGUGUAUGCUCUGUGAAAGAUAUAUAUUUGAAAAAUAUUUUGAGUCAGUCAAAAAGUUAAAUAGGAUCUUCGAUCAGUGAACGGACCAUCUUUUGCAAUAAGGAUAGACGAAUGUUAAUAGAAUGUUGACUAUCAUGAGCAACAACAGCGAUUACUUGACAAAUAUGUUUUUGCAUUCAAUGCAAAAAUAUAUCUGGAUUGAGUCAGAUUUGCUGAGAAAAUUCCGACGAAUUUUUUGAUUGAUUCAAUAUAUAUAUUCUUCGUGUAUAAUCUUGUAAUUCCAUGUUUCGUUCUCGAUUAAGCGCACACCAGUGCUGAACGCGCAGCGUGGUGCUAUUAACUGCGGCGGUCGCGUGACCAAUCUACGUUAUCAGUUGCGUCGAUUAGAGGCGCGUUUCGAUUUUCCCAAACUGUGACGGAGACCGCGAUACCGAAAUUGUGUUAAUACUCGCGAUAGCGAAAUAGGAAAUGUACAGCAGAACGCAGCAUCGACCGCUGGAAUGUCGGUUGGGCAAAAGAGAUUGGAGGAAUUUUAUCGGAGAAAGAAUUUUAUCGGAACAAAUCAAACUUUUGAUUGAGGUUUCACGAAGCGACUGAGUUUCUGCAUGUCUUAUUUCGCAUAAAUAUAGUCGUUCUCAACAUUCACCAUGCAAAAUGUGUCGAACGUUGCUCUUCUAAUCAGCGAAUUCUUACCGAUGGGAUUCCACGAGUGAAUUCCACGAGUUAAAAGUCGAGGUGCACGGAAAUUCAACGAAAAUUCAAACAAAGGUUCUGCGUGAGAAUUCAGGGAGAAUCGUCAAAUUUUGAAGAAACGAUGCAGAUGCACCCCGGAUGCGAGAACGAAAGAUACUGCGGGACAUUGUCGAUCUAUAUCGCGGGCUUUAUCGGAUGGAAUCUCGCCAAUUCGAUGGGGGAUGCGCACAAAUAUUAGGGAUCUGCGCGAUUGGCUUCGGGAGCAAGCCCCGAGUGUGCUCGAGAUAUCUGAUCAUCUUAACCCAGAAUCACCGGGACCAAUUUAUCGAUAAUUUCGAAUUAUUCUGUAGAGUGGAGAAACAAUUUAUUCGCAAACGACGUCGGGAGAGGAUGAUUUUACAACCAAGUAAUUCCCUAGAAAGUCAUUGCUGGAGCAGAGCGCGAAUGUGGAGAGCUUUAAGUAAUGUCAUUAAUAAUUCAUCCUCACUUGACGUAUAAUAGAUGGAUUGCUACAAGAAGAAGAGUUUUCCAAAAUCUCCGCGGUACUCUGGCGACAUUUUUCCGCGAUCUCACGAUGAACCAAUGAGAUUUCUCAUACAAACUCUUAUGCACAUCCGAUCAGCAUAUACUUAUCUCGUUUCAAUCCCUCAGCUCUGUCUUAUCUUAGCCCUCUCCCUCUCUCCGACUACUACAGUCAUCUUUACGCCCACAGUUUGCUGUAUCCGCCUGACUGUCCGUCGUCUCUUGCGCGAUUUCACUUCGUAAACACAUUUAUCACCACCUGACUGUGACCCACCCCCCUCGUUACCGCACUUUAAGUUUGGUUGCACCUCGCUGAGAACCGCCACGUCGCAUCGACAUUGUCAUGGCAACGGUUUAGGAUCGUGCGUGUUCUUUUCCAAACAAACGCCCCCCAGACCGCCGACCAACCGAUCGGUAACAGUAUACGUGGAAACCAUCCACCGCGGAGGCUGCGUGGCUGGAUUAAUUAACGUCUAUCUUUUUUUUAACGGUGGGAGUUGCCCAACCCCGACGUGACCAUGAACGACUGCUUGUCGUUGAAUGCGACCGCCUGCCGCGUCGCUCAACUGGCGCGGGAAAAGGAAGAGAAACGUGCCCUGGAGCGGCGGCGUCACCUUGUUUACCUGAUCGCUGCCUUCUUACGGGAGCAAGGAUAUUCCAAUACCGCGGAGAGCCUCUUGAAGGAAGCACAGCUCUCCCGAGACGUUCACGUAUGCGAUAAUAUCGAUCUGGAGACUAUCAUUCUCGAGUACGCCGAUUAUUAUUACGCCAAGUACAACAGAUACCCCAAGUUCUGCAAGAAGAUGGAAGCGGCCGGGAACGUCUCGCAAAAUACCUGUGGCAAAAAGGAGAGAAUCUCGAAGGUUUUUAAUUUGAGACAAGAGGACGGCAGAUUCGUCGGCGACGAGAGUAACAAUAUCGGUAAGAGCAGGAUCGCGCUGAGGCACGGCGGUGUCAUCGCGCCAUCAAAUGAAUUGAAUCUCGGUAUCACGGUGACGCCGAUUUUCCCGGUGGAGAGCGGCGAUCGAACAGUGGCAGCGGCGGUGGUGCAGCCGAUACCGACAUCUGAUGAAACGUUCGCCGAUAAUAACGAGAGGAUACUGAAACCCAUCGGCGAUCUCUACCGACCUGGCUCCGAGCUGAAGGAGAUCGCCGACGUUAUAUCGCGGGAGAUCGUGCAACAAAACUUAAACGUUCACUGGGACGAUGUAAAGGGACUGAACUUUUGUAAAGAGUUACUAAAGGAGGCUAUAGUCUAUCCCAUGAAGUAUCCGAGUUUGUUCAGUGGGAAACUCGGCGCUUGCAAGGGCGUCUUAUUGUACGGCCCACCGGGAACCGGUAAGACGAUGCUCGCGAAAGCCGUCGCUACCGAGUGCCAAUCGACCUUUUUCAACAUCACCUCAAGUUCCGUCAUCAGCAAGUGGAGAGGCGAUUCCGAAAAAUAUAUUCGCGUGCUCACCGAUCUCGCCAAACAUUACGCGCCCACGAUCAUCUUUAUCGAUGAGAUCGACUGGACAACCACGAAGAACACGGACCACGCUUCGUCAAGUUCGGAGCCAGCUAGGAGAUUUCGAGCGGAACUUCUCGCCAGAUUAGACGGGUUGUUGUCGAUGGAAUAUAUGAAUGUGAUAUUGUUAGCAGCCACAAACGUUCCAUGGAAUAUAGACGUCGCCUUGUUGAGACGUUUAGAGAAGCGUAUCUUUGUGGAUCUACCUGAUCAGGACAGUCGACUAGAAAUCUUACGUUUUUACGUGCAUCGUGAUCUGUACGAGACGCCAGAGAUGUCGAAGCUCGUACGGGAAACCGCGGGCUAUUCGUGUGCGGAUCUGAAGCUGUUGUGCAAGGAGGCGUGGAUGAAUCAGUUGCGGCCCGUUUGGGCCAAGCUCGAGAACAAAACUCUCAUGGUAAAUGAUAUUCAAAACGACGGUCUGAUUGAUGAGAUGAGUCACAUCGUGCUCGCCAAGAAUAGCGUGAAGCCGAUUGCCAAGCACAUGAGCGACCAAUACGACAAGUGGCAUUUAGAAUUUGGCUCCUUUAGAUAAUUCCUUCUAUAAGUGUAGACG